GAGAUUUUUAUUGACGUGAAAUUCAAUUCAAAUCCAAGUAGUCUAUGUAAAUUAAAUAAUUUUUUUUUGUAAACGUUGAAAUUGUUUUUUUAAAGCACCAGAACAAAAUCUAGUUUCCGAAAUUCUUUCGAUUCUAAUCUUUAGAUACAACUUUCUUAUUUCUUUUAUUUGUAAAGUCAUGUUCAAUGAACGCGUUAAGAAGCCAUAUUAUUUAACUUAAUCAAGACCUGUUUAUCAGUUUAAAACUAGAUCCCAGGAUUUUUCAAGUUUUUCACAACUUUGAUGUCAAUCAAAUCAAAAUGAAACAUAAAUAAUAUUAAAAAUCUGAACUAGAUUCUUCGUAAAACUCGUUUUGAAGCAAUUCAAUUGGAAAUCCUUCCGAAAUUCAAACCUGAUUUCAAGAAUUCUAAAAUUUUAAUGAAAUGUUAGGGCUCCAAAGAAUCGCUGGUGGAUUCUCCACCCGUUGGCUGCGACGUUCUUAUAGUUCGUCGGUUAAAACUGCUACCAUCGGCUCCACCACACCGACAACUUCUUCUUCGGAGGCGCCAACAAGCGCAGACGCAAGUGAAAAGCCUCCCAAAAGUAGAAUUGUCGCAGCAGCUUUUGAAUCUUUGAAGGAAGAUGACAACGCUAAACCAGCAGCUGAACAGGCUGGAACUAGCUCCGCAUCCGCAGCUGCAGUUGCUGCUAACUCGGCAAAGAUCAACAACAUCGACGAACGGAUAUUGAAUGCAAAAACCGUAAACGGUUUGCUGUCGGUGUCGGAGAACAGCACGACAAUCUCACGAAAGCACGCUCUUAAAAUUGUCUCGAUCUUAGCUGAAUGGAGCUCAGCGAAUCGUGUGCGUUUAUCAGAAUUCGAGAACGAUUCUCGAUUUAUUAAGGUGUGUAAAAUUUUGGGCAAAAACUUCCCCAAGAAUGGAAACGUUUUGGCAAAUUCAACAUCAACAUCAACAACCUACAACAACAAUAACAACAGCAACAAACGCAUAUCCGGCUUCCGGACAGAUGAUCUGAAUACGGUACUCGGUGUGGCCGGAGAUGAUGAAGCUGCGAAGCUUAUUGCUAGCAUAAGUGUGCCCCAGAUGGUGAAAGUGAUGAGCACAUUGGCACAACGCAAGCGACGCAGCACACCGCUAUUGCGAUCCUUAGCCUAUAACAUUAGUAGCAGCACUGAUCCGUUAGAUAUCAAGCAAAGUGCUGAUGUUCUUUUCGCUAUGGCGAGCUUAAAUUUCCAAGACUCCGUGUUGGCGGCAAAGAUUUGCUCAGACAUUCAGGCAGUCCUUCCAAAGACCGACAAAUCAGCUGUUGUCGGUUCGGUCCUAACGAGCUUGGGAAUAUUAAAGUACCGAGACUUGGAUGUCUUGGAAGUCCUCACCCAAUGGGUAUUAAAAAAUAGUGAAAUUUGUCGGCCACAGGACUUAAGUGCAUACUUCAUUACUUCAGCCAUCUUAAACUUUCAAAGCACCGCAUCCGAUGAAGUUCGAUCGAAACUUCUUAAAAGCCUAGUCAAAGAAGACUUUACAAAAAAAUACGACUGGUUAAAUCAUGUUUGGGCAUUGGGGCUGCUAAAUUUAGCAGAUUCAUCUCUUAUUGAAUCUGUUCUAAGUGAUAAGUUCAUCGAAGAGUUAGGCACUGAAAUGUCCGGUCUGACCCCAAAUGCAAAAAUGAAACUACUCAACUUGAACAGCAUUGUACAGAUCGAUAAAAAGCAAGUAACUGGUUUACCAAAAGACAGUUCCGUAUUUGAUUUACAAAUAGCUCAUUCAAAAUCCAAACAAAUUCAACUCAAUGCAAUGAUGGACGCUUUAAAGAGCCUCUUGCCAUCGAAUAAUCAUGUCCAACCUCUUGUAAAUACAAGAAUGGGAUUUCUAAUAGAUGCUUUGUGUGCAUUCGAUGCGAAAAGGAAUCCACUGCCAUUGGACAAAGAAAAUCCAAAUUCCAUCAAAGUUGCUUUAAUGUUAGUUGAUUUUCACGACAUCUGCCACGGACCACAUCGAUCAGUUAGCGGCAUCACAAAGCUGAGCUUUGAUUUGUUAGAGAAGAGUGGUCACAAGGUACUACCAGUACCAUACAAUGAAUUUAGUGUAAGUGACAAACUCCUGAAGCGAGUGCAGUAUUUGGAAGGGAAAUUUAAAUCGAUUAUAAGAUUAACAAACUGAAACAAUUGAGUUGUUUAUUAUUUUGGUUCAAAACAAAAAAUGUUCACUCGCCUAGAGGAGGCACAUAAAAACAACAUAUUGUAAUUAUUUUUAAUGUAGUGUUAAAUUUUGUUGAAAACAUAAACCAGAACAAAAUACAACAAACAUAAAAGUUU